CCAAACACAUCUUUUAGCUUUUUUUAAUCUAAAAGCCAAAAAGCACUUAAUUUAAGCAAUGGCAAACACACCUUAAAUUUGCUUACUUUUUGAAAAGAAAUCCUUUGGUGAAGUUCAUCGCACUUCAAUAUGAAUAAACCAUAGGAAUAAACACAUCCAAAAUACGCCAAAGACUUUUUCCUCCUUCAAUGUACGUAUUCUUUAUUAUGAAAAUGUAUAUUACCAUUAGUUCAUCUCCAAGGGAGGGGUGAGUAGGGCUCUAUGAUAGGUGCACCUUUUUUUAGUCCUUUUUAAUCAAAACACACCAAAUUUCAAGAUAAUUAAGAUUAGUUAGCACAAGGCCAUCAGUUCAUUAUAACCUUCCUUUGAAAAUCUCUGUUACCAACUAUACAUCUUUACAAACAAGCAAGCAUACAAUAGUGGCAAUGCUUUUGCUUCAUGCAACUCUUUCUGGUUUAUCUAUUGUAUUCUUCAUCAUAACACCUCAAAAUCUAUAUAUCUUUAACCCUAACUCUUCCCAUGCACAAACCCAUAUUUUGCUUUUAAAUAAAUUUCUUCAUCAUAAUUCUUGAAAAUAAUCAAGUCGAAAGCAAUGAGACACAGAACACAAUUCUCACCCAAUUGGAGAGUCAUCCUCAUUUUCAUUUUUGUAUCUUUCUUCAUUCUUUUGAUAACAAAAUCAUUCAUUGUAUCAUCUCCAUCCUCAUCUUCUUCAUUCCACCCAAGACUCUCACCUUCAAACCUGAGAGAGAAAUGCUCCCUACAAAGCUGCAACAAACUCCCAACAUCAGUUGCUAAAUCUCUCAUCCAUUACUCCACCUCAAGCAUAAUACCCCAACAAACCAUCAGAGAAAUAUCAGUCACGUCGAAAAUCUUAGACAAGAAGUCCCCUAGCAACUUCUUAGUUUUCGGCCUCGGACAUGAUAGCCUAAUGUGGCACACGCUAAACUAUGGGGGCAAAACCGUCUUUCUUGAAGAGGAUGAAGCUUGGAUACAACAAAUCAAGAGGAGGUUUCCAAUGUUGGAAUCUUUUCAUGUUAGUUAUGAUAGUAAGGUCAACCAGGCAAGUCAACUAAUAGAAGUUGGCAAAGGACCGGAGUGUACAUCAAUCUCGGAUCCUAGGUAUUCAAUGUGUCAACUGGCAUUAAAAGGACUGCCCAGUGUAGUGUAUGAGGUUCAAUGGGACUUGAUCAUGGUGGACGCGCCAACCGGGUACCAUGAGGAGGCACCCGGGAGGAUGGCAGCGAUUUACACGGCAGGAAUGAUGGCCCGGAACCGAGAAGAUGGAGGUGAGACAGAGGUUUUUGUCCAUGAUGUGAAUAGGGUGGUGGAAGAUCAGUUCUCCAAUGCAUUCUUGUGUGAAGGUUAUAUGAAGAAACAAGAGGGGCGUCUCAGACAUUUCACCAUUCCAAGCUAUAGGACUAAUUUGAAAAUGCCAUUUUGUCCCUAGUCAAUAUUUCAUCAUUGUUCUCAUUAAGGCAUACUUACUCUUAAUCGACCAUACUAGUUUUUAUUCAUUUAUUUUCUUUGGCAUUCUUUAAAACUAUUGAAUUUGGCAUCUGUGUUUAAUAAUUACGUAAUAUUAAUUGGUAUGUAACUUACAGUCUUACACACACACUUCGUUUAGAAAUACUAGAUACGUGUUUCAAAAGUUUAAUUUAAAAUUGAAAUGACUUUGGUUCUAGCAAGUUGUAUGUGUACGACGAAUAAAAUAGGCGUAAGAAUAUGUAGUACAUCGUAUAUUGUGAAUCAGAUGGAUAUGGAAAUGAUAAAACAGGAAUUCAGACACUGGAUCAUACAUUAUAUUCAUACACGCAUACAUGAGGAAGAAGAAGAUUGGAAAUGAACUCAUUCAGAAGGUUUUCAUUACAGAGAGAAAUGAUAAACAUGGUUCUAGUAUAGAAGUUCAGAGUAUUUAUAUGUACAUGAUUUACUCUUAUUGAGCUUACAAUGUAACGAACUACUAACUAACUAUAGGUACUCGAAUUUUCAUAAAAAAAUCAAUUAAGUCCUUCUAUAGGAGACUCUGUCCGGCCGUCGUGAUUUGGGGCGGUUCCUGGUGGAAUUUUUUGAUGAAAUUUUUUGAGCAUCAUAUUCAUCAAGUCUAGUUUACUCAUACCAAAUUUCAGCUAAAAAUUCAAUUGGGAACGUAUUCAAAUUAAUUCGAGAACGCAAAAAUGCGCAGUUAUCUUCACGAAUUCAUUUGAAUGUCCCGAUUGAAUUUUUAGCUGACAUUUGGUAUGAGUAAACUAGACCUGAUAAAUAAGAUGCUCAAACAAUUUCAUCAAAAAAAUCCACCGGGAACCGCCCCAAAUCGCGACGGCCGGACAGAACCUCCUAUAAAAGGACUUAAUUGACCUUUUUAUGAAAGUUCGAGGACCUAUUUGACAGUUUUUCCUUUAUU